AUGCCUGAUGAGUUCCUCGCCACGAACCCACCCCCGCUCUGGAUCACUCUCUACCACCUAGUCACGCGCCUCCCUGACUCGCUGCGCUCAGUCAGGGACCACUUCCUCGCUCGCUGCCCCACCGAGCUCACCAUUGCCCUCCUCGAGAAGGAACUCCUUGCAGCCGAGACUAGCAUAGUCGCUGUAGGUGCCUCUCGCGGUGACCCCCGCACCCCGUUCUUUGAGGGGUGUUCUCCCUCCCCCCUUCUUCCCUCUGUCGCCUCUGCUGCUGUCGACCUCCUUGGUGCUGAGAAGGUCGGGACUGCGUCUGCUUCGGGCGGACGCCGCAGCGGCAAGGGCAAAGGGGGCAAGGGCGGUGGUGGUGACAGCGGGGGUGGCGGUGGUGGGGGAGGUGGUGGCGGGGGGAGUGGCGCGGGUGGGGGAGGUGGCAGCGGUGGUGGGGGUGGCGGCAGCGGCAGGGGAGGUGGCCGGGGCGGAGGAGGUAGUAGGGGUGGCGGUGGACGAGGCGACGGCAGGGGUUGGGGUGGUCGAGGAGGUGGUGGCGGGAGUGGUGGGCGUGGCGGCACUGGCGGUGGCCAGGGACAGCAGCACACUCCCUCGCCCCAGGAGGCCACUGAGCUGCCCCGCUGGCUUGAUCUCCUGAAGAAGGGGAUUGAUAUCUAUGCUCUAGAUUUUGAUGCUAUUCUCUCUGCCAUGUAUGUGAUGUCUACUAGUGGAGAGGGUUCUGAGUACCUGAGUGUCCCGCCCGACCCGGGCAUUAGGACGAGUGCGUCUGCUGCUCCAGGUACCCACGUGUCUGCUACCCCAGGUGCUGGUGAGGCUGCUGCUCUAGGUGCGUGCGUGUCUGCCCCCCCUGGUACUGUGUCGACUGCACCACUGCACACCUUCACGCUGGAUUCAGGUGCCUCUCGCUGUUUCUUUUGUGACCGCACUGCCCUUGAGCCCCUUGCUCGGCCAGUUGCUGUCUCCCUUGCUGACCCCUCUGGGGGUCCGGUCAUUGCGACCUCCUCCACUGUCCUUCCCUGUCCUGCGGUCCCGUCGUACACACUGUCUGGUCUCCACCUCCCCUCGUUCUCCACGAACUUGGUGGCAGGUUCUGCUUUCCAGGACGGGGGUGUUCACCAGUUCACCCCUGCCUACGAGCGUGUGACACACUGCACGUGUGCUCGUACGGGCCGCCACUUGGCUACCUUCACCCGGCAGCCGGGGUCGGACCUGUACACACUGACUACUGCCUCCCCUCAGGUCGCUGCGUCUGCGUCUGCGUUUGCGUCCGCGUCAGGUCAGCUGUCUGCCCCCUGCUCGUGUCGCUCUCUAGCGCACGAGACUGUCCUCUGGCACCACCGACUUGGCCACCCGUCUGUGCAGCGCCUUCGUGCCAUGCACUCCCGGUACCUUGUCUCUUGUCUUCCGAGGGUUCUCCCUCCUCUCCCACCCUCGCCUCCUCCUCCCUGCCUUCCCUGUGUCGAGGGGCGGCAGCGCGCCGCUCCUCACUCCUCCUCGUUUCCCCCGACGACUGCUCCUUUGCAGACGCUCCACAUGGACGUGUGGGGCUUAGCCCGCGUCCGUGGUCAGGGUCAGGAGAGGUACUUCCUGAUCGUUGUUGACGACUACUCGCGCUACACCACGGUCUUCCCCUUGCGCACCAAGGGUGAGGUCCCUGAUGUUUUGAUCCCUUGGAUCCGCAGAGCUCGUCUCCAGCUCAGCGAGCGUUUCGGCUCGGACUUUCUUGUCCUGCGCUUGCACUCUGACAGAGGUGGUGAGUUCUCCUCCGACCUCUUGGCAGCCUACUGUGCUGAGCACGGCAUUGAGCAGUCGUUCACGCUUCCGGCCUCUCCACAGCAGAAUGGGGUUGCGGAGCGCCGCAUUGGCCUGGUCAUGGAGGUCGCUCGUACCUCCUUGAUCCAUGCGGCUGCCCCCCACUUUCUGUGGCCGUUUGCGGUCCGGUACGCUGCGCAUCAGCUCAACCUCUGGCCCCGUGUCUCCUUGCCGGAGACCUCGCCCACACUGCUGUGGACGGGGGAGGUUGGCCAUGCGUCGCGUUUCCGGGUCUGGGGAUCUCGAGCUUUUGUCCGCGAUUCGUCUGCGGACAAGCUCUCCUCUUGUGCUGUUCCCUGCGUCUUCCUCAGCUUUGUUCCGGACGCGCCUGGUUUGCAGUUUUACCACGCCACCUCGCGCCGGGUCUUGCCCUCUCAGAACGUCACUUUUGACGAGUCUGUCCCCUACUACCGCCUCUUCCCCUACCGCACUGCCCCGCUCCCACCCCCGCCUCUCUUCCUCGCGCCAGGUGCUGCUGUCGUAGACCCCCUCCCCCCUCAGGGUGCCGCUCCCUCAGGUGUGUCUCAGGUAGACCCGGUCGAGCCUGUUGAGGUUGCUGUCGACUCUCGUCCUACUGGGGGUGCUGAGCCUGGGGGUGCGGACUCUGGGGGUGCUGAGCCUGGGGGUGCGGACUCUGAGGGUGCUGAGUCUGGGGGUGCGGACGCUGGGGGUGCUGAGCCUGGGGGUGCGGACACUGGGGGUGCUGGGCCUGGGGGUGCGGACUCUGGGGGUGCUGAGCCUGGGGGGGGUCCUACGCCUGGACGAGACCUCUCCUCGGAGCAGUUGCGUGAGUGGUACUUACAGUACUGCAGCCUCCGGAGAGGUACCUCUGGGACCAGGCGCGCUUCGGAGACUGGUGCUGGCACUUCUCCUUCUAGUCGGGAGCUCCCCUCUCGUGAGCGGAUCCGUGAGUGGUACGAGCGCCGUUGCACACUUCGUAGUGGCGUGCCUCGUCUCACGGACCCUGCUGCUGCUGGUGGUGCGGACCCAGGCGUUGGAGCUGCUGCUGGUGCUGCGGACCCGGGCGUUGGAGCUGCUGCUGGUGCUAAGGACCCGGGCGUUGGAGCUGCUACUGGUAUUACGGACCCGGGCGUUGGAGCUGCUGCUGGUGCUGAGGACCCGGGCGUUGGAGCUGCUGCUGGUGCUGAGGACCCGGGCGGUGGAGCUGCUGCUGGUACUGCGGACCAGGGCGUUGGAGCUGCUGCUGGUGCUGAGGACCCGGGCGUUGGAGCUCUGACUGGUGCUGGGGACCCUGGUGUUAGAGUCCUUGCUGGUGCUGCGGACUCGGGAGUUGGUACUGCCGCUGGGGGCACUCGUGCUGUCCCUGCUGUGUCUGGAGUCGCCGCGCGCCCUCAGCCGUACUUCGUUCCGCUCCUUCAGCAGGUUCUUGGUCUCUCGCCUCCUCCUGGUCCUCCCCCUCCUUUAGUGUGUCCGCAGCCUGUUCAGUCACUGCCUGCUCCUUCUCCUUACUCUGGUCCUAAUGCCGGUCUUACUGAGCGUCGUGAGCCUGUGUCUCGCCCUGCGUCGCCUGUCCGUCCUGCUAGCACUAGUGCUCGUAGUUCGCGUCCACGUCCUCCUCCUGCCCCUGGCACGCACCGGAUGUCUCUGCGUCCUUCCACUGCUCCUCUGCGUGCCCCUUUGCCUUCUCCUCCUGCUUCCUCUCUUCCUGCUCUUGCCGACCCGGAGUCGGACUCUCUUCGUGCUGCCCGUCCUACUGUCACGCGUCUCCUUGCUACUGCCGUCACUGACCCUUCCUUCGAGUCUUCUGCUGCGUCUGCCCUAGUUGCUGAGCUCGUCGACUUUGCUGCUCGCUGUCGUCUAGACUACGCUGCUAGUCUUGUUGCUGAGUCUGAGUCUGUCUGUCCUCCGUCCGUCGGGGGUGCGUGUGCCCUUGGCACGGACGUCCUUGAGGACAGGCAGGAGGAGUUUCAGUGCUUGGCUGCCGCCUCACCUCAUCUCGCGUCUGUACUGCUAGCCCCUGAGGGAGACCCGGAUGCACUAGACAUCCCGACCCCGCGCUCUUACGCGGAGGCGAUAGAGGGUCCCUACUCCUCUCAGUGGCAGGCAGCUAUGGAUGCAGAGAUGGCUUCCUGGAAGUCCACAGGCACCUACGUUGACGCUGUCCCCCCUCCUGGGGCGAACAUCGUCAGUGGCAUGUGGAUCUUCAGGGUGAAGCGGCCGCCGGGUUCUCCGCCUGUCUUCAAGGCGCGUUACGUGGCUCGUGGCUUCAGUCAGCGGCAGGGAGUUGACUACUUUCAGACCUUCUCCCCCACCCCGAAGAUGACCACUCUUCGGGUACUCCUGCACGUUGCUGCUCACAGGGACUAUGAGCUUGACUCUCUCGACUUCAGCACUGCUUUCUUGCAGGGCAGCCUGCACGAGGAGAUCUGGCUGCGUCGCCCACCUGGCUUCACUGGGUCUUUCCCUCCUGGUACCCAGUGGAGUCUCCGGCGUCCAGUCUACGAUCUCCGCCAGGCGCCACGUGAGUGGCAUGACACACUGAGGACUACGCUGGCGGCACUUGGGUUUGCUCCUUCUACUGCCGACCCGUCGCUAUUUCUGCGCACCGACACUUCUCUGCCGCCGUUCUACAUCCUCGUGUACGUCGACGACUUGGUCUUUGCCACUGCUGACACUGCUGGACUCGCCUACGUGAAGUCCGAGCUGCAGAAGAGACACACGUGCACUGACCUGGGUGAACUGCGCAGCUACCUUGGCUUGCAGAUCACCCGGGACAGAGCACGCCGCACCAUUACCCUGACUCAGUCACACAUGGUGCAGCAGGUCCUUCGGCGCUUCGGCUUCACGUACUCCUCGCCUCAGGCCACUCCUCUGUCUACUCACCACUCGCUCUCAGCUCUGCCUUCGGAUGAGUCCGUAGAGUCGAGUGGCCCGUACCCAGAGCUUGUUGGCUGCCUCAUGUACCUGAUGACCUGCACGCGACCUGACCUUGCAUACCCUCUUAGCAUUCUUGCGCGCUAUGUUGCUCCUGGGAGACACCGACCAGAGCACAUGGCUGCAGCGAAGAGGGUGUUGCGCUACUUGUGCAGUACGUCGGGCAUGGGACUAGUGCUUGGAGGGCGGAGUCCACUGGUCCUCACUGGUCACGCGGACGCUUCUUGGGCUGACGACCAGGCUACGCAGCGGUCGUCACAGGGUUACACCUUCAGCCUUGGUUCAGUCUCUGUUUCGUGGCGGGCUACUCGCUCGUCUUCUGUUCUCGGCUCCAGUUGUGAGGCUGAGAUCUACGCUGGGGCCAUGGCUACUCAGGAGCUUCGCUGGCUCACCUACCUGCUGACCGACCUUGGAGAGCCGCCUCGUUCUCCUCCAGUCUUGUACGUUGACAACAAGGCCAUGCUGGCCUUGUGUCGAGAGCAGAGACUGGAGCACAAAACAAAGCACAUUGCUCUCCGCUACUUCCUUGCUCGUGAGCUACAGCAGCGUGGGCAGUUGCGACUUGCGUACGUGGCCUCUGAGGCCAACACUGCUGAUGUUUUCACCAAGGCACUUGCGCCUUGUGAUCAUCAGCGCUGCUGUACCCAGCUGGGUCUUGUGUCUGUCUUGCCUCACUUGCUCUCCUCUUGA